CUACUUUUUGUACAAUUUAGUCGGUCAAAGAUAAGAGGCUAUAAGGACUCGAUUAAUUUGUGCGUGAAGGACGAAGUUAGGGUUUUGAUAAAGCGCGGCGACGAUGAUUGAGGUGGUACUGAACGAUCGGCUGGGCAAGAAGGUGCGUGUGAAGUGCAACGAGGAUGACACCAUCGGCGACCUGAAGAAGCUGGUGGCGGCCCAGACGGGCACCCGAUCGGACAAGAUCCGCAUCCAGAAGUGGUACAACAUCUACAAGGACCACAUCACCCUCAAGGACUACGAGAUCCACGACGGCAUGGGCCUCGAGCUCUACUACAACUAGAUUCAAUGGGUCAGCAUUCAUAUCAAAAGAUGCAUUGCAAUCUGAAAUGUGCUUGAAUUGUUGGGAUAUAUAUGUUAUGUUACUUGAGAAACACUGAAGACUGCUUUGUAAUGUUCUGUGUUUCAAUGUAAUAUGUUAAGGGGUCGAUAUGUAAUCUAGAUUUCUCAACAUAAAUACUUGCUAAAUAAGGUAUGUUCGACACUUUUACUGCUUUUA